AUGAGAGGACAUUUAUGGUUAAUCUCCGUACGAUUAAAUGCGUCUCCUCAUUGGAUUACGAUAAAGAGACACCACUACAGUGGGGGUAAUGAAAAACAAUCGGGGGACAUCUGCGAUCAUUCAACUAAAGUAGGUUUAAAAGAUAAAGAUAAAGAUAAAGAUAAAGAAGUCAGCAAUGACAAGAUAUACAAAUCACAUGACCGAUCAUUAUGUGUUCAAUAUAUCUCAUCGAUCGAUUGCAAAUCACAAUCUUUUAUUUCCUUUCAUCUCGUAUACUAUAACAAGUUAGCAUUUUGUGUCAAAAAGUCAGGAACAACUACAACGAUAAAUGUAACAUUGCUUGCAUGUUGCAUGGCAGUGGUUUAUGCCGAUAUUUAUGGACAUUCACCACCACACUCUAACAAUCGUAACAAUGAAGAGUCGACCAAUCGUGCCAACGCCAACCGUCUCUUCAACUCUCAAAACAACGACAAGGGUGGAUAUUGCCGCGGUGGUAUGUUCAACUGGUACGAAAAGUCGUAUCUCCCCAUCGAGUGGACCAACCAACACGGUUGUGGCUCUGACCAGACCACCUGUUCACUCAUCCUCCAAUACAUGUGCACUGAUGUCAAUGCACCCGCCGAAGAGGCUGUCCGUGACGGUACCACCACCGACACUAUCCCCAACACCUUGGAUGCUACCAAGACCAUGGACACUGCCGACUACAAGUAUGGUUUGCACGAGGGUUACUACUACUACCAAAACUGUAGCAACCGUCAACGUAACACUGGUCUCUGGACUGCCACCCAAAACCCAGGCAAGUCUGCCUUGUCCACUCGUCAACAACCAGGUACCACCCGUUAUGGUUUCGAGUGCCCAGAGGAGCGUGAUUACUACCCAUACUGGGCACCAACCCCAUGGAAGGAUAUUGCCAUCUUUACCACCGAAACUUCACGUUGCAAGAUGUACAAGCGUGAGUCGCAAAACGACAAGGACAAGUACUACUGCAAGACCAACGAUACUAGCAAGCUUGCUCCAUUUGACUUUGAAAACUGUAAUGCCACUGGCGGUGAAUGGGUCAAUGCCUACUCGCACGACAUUGGUGCUCCAGGAUGUUACGAAGCUGCAUGGAACCACGUCAACCAUCUUGGUAUCAGUUUGGAGAAUGGAAAGUACAACACUUACAAUUGGUCACUCCCACACUCUGGCAUGGAGCCAUGCAUCUUGACUGGCACCUGUCGUUGUGUCCUCCGUAUCCGUUACAAUAUCUCCAACUCGCAAGUCGACUAUGACUUUGACGCCUCGUACAAUGGCGCCAACUCGACCGUCAAGACCGACCCACUCGUCGCCGUCAGCGGUGUCAACCUCACCAUCGAAGUCAACACUGCCCAAUACGGCCGUACCUUUGAAGAUCGUACUCACUCUUUCAACAUCAUCCCACGUCCCAAGUCACUCAAGGACGCCAAGAUCUGGAAUCUUCUCGUCAAGGGCAAGCGUGGAAACAUUGUCCAAGUAUUCCCAGCCAUUGAAUACCAAUUCUCGCCAUCACAGUUGCACAUGAAGGUCAAUGAAUACAUUCACUUCCAAUGGACCGGUUGUGACACCAAUCCAAACGGCAAUGCCGGUGAAGGUAUCGACCAAACCGAUCGUUCCAACAUUGUCCAAAUCGACGGUCUCAACGAGAACAUGCCAGCCGAAGAUGUAGGUGGUGACACUGCCCUCUUUAGAAACGAAGAGGAUCGUAUCAAGUUUGCAUCGCUCAACCAAAAGGGAUGCAAGUCGUACGAGCAAUUGAUGGCCGACAACAACAACGACAGAAACCAAGUUGACCAAGACCCACAAAACUGUUUCCGUCUCAAUGCUGCCGACAAGCACUUUGAUGGUGGUGUUUUCAAGAUGAGCAAGACUGGUUCCUACUAUUACAUGUCUACUCGUAACAACAACUUCUCCAACCGUGACCAAAAGGGUGCUAUCCACGUUGAUCCACUCCUCCGUGCAUGGCAAAUCGCCUUGAUUGCUGUUGGUGGUACCUUGUUUGUUGGUCUCUCUGCCACUGCCGGUUCUCUCUUGUUUGCCCGUAAGCAUCCACACAGUGGAGCUGCUCGUUUCUUCCAAAAGAUUCCACUCCUUCGUCGUGCUAUUCCAUAA